AAAGGUGGUGCGUUGCGAAUGGACAUGGAGAGGGCCGUGUUGAUCAACAACGCAUUCACGGACAAUGCCGCGGUGGAUGGCGCAGGAGUGUAUGCGGAGGGACAUGUGACUGCCGAGGACUGUGUGUUCGCCAACAACUCGUGCAGAGAG